AUGCUACAAAUGAUCCACCCCGAACACAACCCAAACCACCACCCACCAUUCCUAGCAUCAAACCAUCUCCACGACGGAAAAGCACACCUCCUCCUCGCAGCCUCCGGCUCAGUUGCCACCAUCAAGAUUCCUAACAUCCUCGAAGCUCUCUCCUCUCACCCAAACCUCAGCAUCAUCCUCCUCUUAACCAAAUCCGCGUCCUCGUUCCUGCAAGGCCAAAGUGCCGAGCAACCACAUUUCAACACCUUCCACCGCAUCAAGAACGUCGAUGGCGUAUUUCUAGAUGAGGAAGAAUGGGUAGUCCCUUGGACGAGAGGAAAGGGGAUCUUGCAUAUUGAGUUGAGGAGGUGGGCGGAUCUGCUGGUUGUAGCGCCGUUGAGCGCCAAUACGAUGGCGAAGGUGGUGGGUGGUUGGGCGGAUAAUCUAUUGUUGAGUGUUGUGAGGGCGUGGGAUACUACGGGGAUUAUUGAUCCUUUGAGAAUCAUUCCUUCUUCACGUACUCUGGCGACGAGGAAGAAGAGAAUUAUAGUUGCACCAGCGAUGAACACGGCGAUGUGGAGACAUCCGGUCACGAAAUCUCAAAUUAGAGUUUUGGAAGAGGAGUGGGGUGUGGAGGGAGAGAAGAGUGAGGGUCAAGGUUGGUUUGAAGUUGUACGGCCGAUGGAGAAAGAAUUAGCAUGUGGAGAUGUGGGGGAUGGGGCUAUGAAAGAUUGGAGGGAGAUUGUAAAGAUUAUCGAGAAGAGAUUGGUACUUGAGGAUCAAAGGACGACAUCAGUGAUUAGGCCUCUCGUUAAGCGUGAGUUCCUAUUCUGUCGUCGAACAUUGAAGCCUCGCCUCCAUCUAUUUUCUCCAAACAACGCGUCCUCCAACCUCCACUCCAACAACAAGAGUCACCCAAAAUCCAUAACUUCACCAGACUCUCACCAUGGCGCGCGAAGCCCAUACUCGGAACCACCGCCUGAGCGACGCUCCACACGUCUUUCGGACCAGGCAGCUCCAAAAUCAUACCGCUACGUCUCCAACAAGCAAGCACCCAGCUCUUCCGUCCAGCGUCCUGCUCGCAAAGCUCCAGUCACCAAGGAUUCGAAGAAAGCUGGUAAUGCAAAGCAAAAUGUUUCGAUUACAGGCGUGUUCAAGAAGCAACAAAAAGUCAAGGCUGGACGCGUCAGUAAGAAACAAAAGCGCAGAGAUGCUACCCCGGAGUUAGAUCUCAUGGAUGAAUUUCAAGCUGGUGUUAAUGAAGCUCGCAUGCAUAUCUCUACUCGUGCCAAAGCUACGUUCACGUCUGUCCACAACGGGUUCAGUUCCAAGUUGCAAGCCUUCCAUGGAGAAGAUACAGCGUUCUUGCAACGCGUAUCUGAGACUGCUGCUAUACUCAGUACUCCUCUCCUGGAAGAGAAGAUCGAGACUGAGAUUCGACGAGAUGGCAAAAGUGUUGUCGAGAUUGUGGAGAUAGGCAAGCGCGUUGCAGCUUUCAAGGCAUUAAUCGACAGCGAGGAAGCGAAAUUGAAGCAAGCUUGGAAGGAGUGGGAUGCAGUUCAGGAGGAGUACAUUGAGCUUGGCGUCGAUGUUUUCGGUGCGGAGCUCUUUGGUAGAAGUGAAGCGGAGGGUGCAGGGUAUAAAAGAGAGAUUGAGUUGUUGGAUUUGGAGCACGAAACUCGUGUUGAAGAACUCGAAGAGGAGAUCAACGAGAUGGGCUCUGAGACCUUGAAACAAAUGAAAGCUGCUGAGGAGGAAAUGGAUGCAGCUUUCAAGAUGGCGCAAGCAAAACUUCUAACAACUCUAUUUUGAUACUGGCUUUGACAAAUUUGCGAUGUUUGAGAUGAUACAGGGGAGUUUGCUAUAUCGACUAUCUUGCUCGGGGAUUUAUGGGAACCUGUUACUUGAACAGCCAAGUAACAGCAUUAUUACAUUAUGUUGUCAGCGAGCUACUUGCAGUCGCCUUACAUAUGAUACGCUAAAUAAAU